AUGUUACCAAAUUCAAAUAGUGCUAUGUCAUACCAUACUAAUGUUCCAACACGUUUCACUAACGUUAUUAGCUAUGUCGAUUUUGAUCAAGAUGGUGAAAAUGAAGUUCAUAAUCACGAUACCAAUGGCUAUCCUUCACCAAGGGCUGCUCAUGCUCCAUCAUUGAAUCGACAAGCAACAAAUCCUGCACUCAGACGAACAAAUACAUCAUUAGGUGUUAGUUCGUUUUCUCUAUUAAAAGAACCAACAACACUAUAUGCUCGUGAAAAAAAACAAACAAAACCCUUAACAGCCCCCAUUGAAGAAGAUUAUAAUGAUGAUGACGAUGUAAUACAAUCUAGUACAGAAUCAAGUCCACCAACAAAUAAAUCAAAAUCAACCGUUACAAAUCAGAGUACUCAACACACGAGCCCCAGAGAAAUGUCGAAUAUUGUCAAUAAUGCUAGUAAUAAUAAAACCAAUACUAUUCUUAGUAGAAAUGAUACUUAUCCCAACAAUAAAAGUCAUGAUCAUCGACAAAAGACGACAUUUGCACAAGAGUAUCCAUCAAAUGGCACUGUAAAACGAACUAAUUCAAACGAACUUCUCUCACCAUUGAAUCUCAAUAAUGAAGAAGAAAUAGAACAACAAGAGUCACAAAAUGAAAUAAGAAGUGUUGUUCAUAUACACCCAAAUCAAUCAAAGCUAAUACCGAUAAUAAAAUAUACAAAUAAAAUGCCAUCAUCAACAUCAUUGAUUACAUCAACUGGAAAGUCGUCGUCACUUAAAUAUAGUCCGUCAUUAAAUACACCUCGACUAUAUGGUCCUAUACCAUCAAUGAAUCAGUCAGUUCAAGGCGCUUUAGUUCGAUUUUUUCGUAAUGGCGAUGCAUAUCAUCAUGGUGUUAAAUUGGCUGUUAAUGAAUUCGAACUUAAAUCUUGGGAAGCAUUUCUUAAUUAUCUUGAUCGUCAGCCAAAACUACGUUUAUCAACUGGUGGCAUAAAACAUAUUUAUACAUUCACUGGUCAAGAAAUUCAUUCAAUUAAUCAAUUUUCAAAUCGUCAAUCCUAUGUUGUUGCAUCCGGCUUAUUUAUUCCCACACAAUAUCGCUAUAAGAAUAAUUCAUUUUCUGAUGGAUCCAAGUUAAAGUUACAUACAAGUGCUCAAAAAGAGGUACUACCCUACUGGAAUACUCGAGCACCUGCUCAUGCACGUUGGCAUUCACCGCCGUCUAGUAAUGAUCAAAUUUUUGUAAUGCCCUACUCAAAAUUAAAUAUGUAUUCAAGUAUGAUUCUUAAUCGAAAUACAACACAAACAUUUGAAGAAUGGCUACAGGUACAAAUAACAGGUUUAGUAUCUCAUUAUACAAAUUAUGAAAAUAUAACACAUUUAUUUGGCGUCACACAAGAUGCUUUUACCGAUGUUUCAAGUUUUUCAAAACUAUUCAAUGCAGUAAAAAAGACUGAUACAUUUAUUGCAUGUACAGAAGACGAAUAUGUACAUGCAAAACAUUAUUUAGGAAAAAUGACACCUAGAGAAUUAUUUACGGACCGUCUACAACCACGUCGAGCAACAGUUAAAACAUAUCACAGACGACCUUCAAAAAGACUGAUUGAAAAUGCGAAAUUAUCCUUAGCUUGGAUCCAUGGUUAUAAUGGUGACAAUGAUUUAACGAAAAAACUUUAUACUCUUCCAGAAAAUGAAAUACUUUAUGUUAUUGGUUCAAUAUGUAUUUUAUAUGAAUCAAAAUUAAAACAGCAACGUUUCUAUACCAAACAUGAUGAUUCAAUCACUAGCGUUCAUGUUCAUCAAUAUCAAUCGUUAGUUGCAUCAAGUGAAAUGUCUUCAUCGAAAUCUAAUUCACGAGCUUUAAUACAUAUUUGGGAUCAUGUAAAACUUCGAACAAUAACUGCAAUACGUAAAGAACAAUUUGGUUCUUAUAUAACAUUAUUAUCAUUUGCACCGAAGACAGACGAUAAUUUAAUUCUUAUUAUUUCACGUGAUAGACCUAAAAUUGUUUUAUUUGUUGAUUGGAAACGAAAUGAAUUAAUCUAUAGUAUUACAUGUAAAACUGAUAACAUUCUUUCAGUACUAUUUGUAUUCAAUACAACUGAAUGGAUAGCAUGUAUCAGUCAACGAAAUUUACUUUUCUAUCAUGUAGAUUGGAGUUUACGACCAUUACACAUGAUAGAACGACGAGAAUCAGAAGUUCAAAAUAUUUAUACUGGAGCAGCAGCCUGUGAUAUGCUUGGCGAACGAUUACUAGUUGGUGAUAAAGUUGGUAGUAUUCAUGUAUGGAAUUUAGUUGAUAAUGAACCAAAAUUACUUGUCGUUCAAGAAUGUAUUUUAGAAAAUGAUGUUGAAACCAUUGUACCAAUAAAUCCAGACGAAUUUCUUCUUGCCAAUGGACAAAAUCAAAUAAAAAUUUGGAAUUUACAUUCAAAUACAAUUGAACACAUACGAUUGAGUGAAACAGUUGGUUCCAUUCAAUCAAUCUGUUGCAUUCGGCAAGGUUCAGUUUCUGUUGCCUUAGCGAUCGGAACAAAAGCAAAUUACAUAAUAUCCAAAGAUGUUGACAAAGAACAGUUUGAUAUCAUUAUGCGCGGACAUACAAGUCCAUUGAUUCGUGUAUGUUGUCAUAGAAAUAGCCAUUAUUUUUUUUCUAUGAGUUCCGAUCGACAUUUAUUCAAAUGGAAUAAUAGCACAAAAAUUGUCGAAUGGGGAACGAAAACAACGCAACCUAUAUCAUGUGCUGAUUUGCAUCCUGAACGAAACAUAAUUGUUCUUGGAACUGAAACAAGUAAAUUACUGAUCUAUGAUACUUUAUCGUCAUAUUAUAUAACAACAAUAACAUUAAAAAUUAAUACAAGUGUUAAAUCAGUUCGAUUUUCUCCUGAUGGUUCAGAAUUAGCUGUUGGAUUGCACAAUGGGCAAGUGUAUAUGUUUCAAAUUAUAGGUAAUGGAGAUUUUUAUCUUCGCACCGAUGGAAUACUUCAUAAUAAUAAUCCACCUGUAAGCGAUGUUAUGUGGUCAACAGAUUCAAAGUAUCUUCUUGUUGUCUAUACCGAUAAUGAUUAUAGUAUUUGGUCAAUACCAUCUUUUGAACUUAUCACAGGAAUAAAUAUGAACAACAUUAAAUGGUACCAUGUUUCACAUCCAAUUAUGUGUAAUUUAAUAGAAAAAUCUACUGUUGAUAUGCAUACAUCCGUAAUUACUCUUACUCCAAAUUUGGUUCUAUCCUGUGGUAAAGAUGGACAACUUCGUUUAUUUCGAAAUCAUUCGGACCGAAGUUUUCAAGAAUUUCAAUUUGGUCUUGGUUUAAUUCAAGGUAUCAGCCCAUCAACAACAACUAAUGGAUUUCUUUUAUCAAUGCGUGAUUAUCCAAUGAACAAACGCUCUUUAAACGAUACUGUAUUUGGUAUUCAGGGCGUUAAUCCGGGUUUGACUGCUCGAGAAGAUGCUAAUGCUCUACAAGCUCAGCAAUCAACAGGCAAAGUUGUAUUAAAACGACAACAACUUUUAGCAUGUCCUUAUUUACAAGUUGACGAACAAAUAAAAUUACUUAAUUUACAAAAAAAUUGUAUUGUUAAAAUAGCUAAUCUUGAUCAUUUAACAAGUCUUGUUGUACUUGAUUUAUGUGAAAAUGAAAUCGAUUGUAUUCAAGGUUUGGAUAAUUUAUCUUCAUUGAGAAUUCUUCGACUAGCAAAUAAUAAAAUAAAGCAAAUAAAGAACCUCGACGCACUUGAACAACUUGAUGUACUUGAUUUAAAUGGAAAUCAAAUUUCUCGCAUUGAAAAUUUUAAAAAUCUAACACGUUUGCGUGUCCUCAAUUUAUCACACAAUCGAAUAGAAAAAUGUGAAAAUUUAAAAAACUUAAAAAAUCUUGUCGAACUUAACCUACAAGGAAAUCUGAUUACGACUGUGUGCGAUUUGGAGAGUUUACCUAUUCAGAGGCUAUUUUUAAGUUUUAAUAAAAUUCGUAGAUUUGAUGAUAUUCGUUGUAUAUCAAAACUUACUACACUUGAAUGUUUAUCUCUUGAGGGUAAUCCAUUAGCAUUUACAGCAGCAUAUGAACAGAUUAUUUUAUCUCAAUCGUUAUCUGCUACAAAUAAACAAGAUGUUCGUCAACCGAUGAAUAUAGAUCAACGGAUUCACCGAGUAAUACGAAUGCAACAUAAUACUAACAACAGUAAUAAUACUAAUACCAAUAGUUACAGUAGUAACAAUACGACUGGCACCAAUAAUUCUACUGAAUCAAUAAAUAUAAAUAGAGAACGACGUCUUCUUGACACCAUUGCGAAUCAACAAGAUUCUAUGAGUGAACGUAGUGAUACAGAUGGUGAUUCUGUCAAAACAAAUCCACCACCUAUAUUUAAUCGAACAACAUCAAUAGCACAACAAAAAUCUGUAAUCAAACCAAUACAAGACACAAUAAAUCCAUUACUGACUGAAACAAAAAUAAACCCACUCAUUGCUGAACGAUCAGCGUUGGCGAAAUCAUUGGUACAAUCAGCAAUGGAAGAUGCUUUUCGAAAAGAAUCAGUAACUAUUCAAAUAGCACGCUCUUGGCCUUUAUUAUUUACUCAAUUAAUAAAUGAAUCAAACUAA